UUAUUAAAUUUUAAUAGAUGGUCGAACAAUGUUUCCGCAAGCUUGGCCUCGGUGUUAUAUUAUCUGCUCUGGUUUUAUAUUUCUUUAUCUAUGGAUCACAUGACACUGUAACCGAAAUACGAGAUCCAUUUUUUGUUAACACCGAAGGAUGUCGCAUUAUAUCCAUGGAUGUGAUGAAUCAUCAAAUCGAAAAGUUCACGAACUGGGAGUGGAACCAUCCAAAAUUUAAACUAAAAUGUCCAAAAACUACAUGGUUCCGUACUGAAAUGGCAAAUGGAGACUGGUAUUUGAAGUUGAGUCGUGAUAUCGAUGAUAUUCUGAAGGAAUCUGGCCUUACCAACGAUUGGGAAAUAACCUGCUAUUGGCUGAACUUUAAAAUACACCGGCGCUGGCGUUCCAAGUUGACCCAUCGAACCAGAUUCGAUCUAGAUUUUCCCUACGUUCUGAAGGUCCCCAAAGGAGUCAGGCACUUGCGACUACAGUGUGUGGAAACUGAAACAAACAAAAGUGUCUACAACGACGCCUACUUCUUUAUUCAACCACCUCCUGAAGAACUAUUGAGAAAACCUCUCCCCAGAUUACAUUUUUGGGGUAGAAAAGAUGAGAAAGAAAGUAACCGGCCUCCCAUUUCAGUAAUGAUUUUGGGUAUGGAUUCUGUAUCCCACUUAAACUUUAUCCGACAAAUGCCCAAAACUGCCGCUUACAUGCGAUCGAAUAUGUCGCAUGUGGAGUUCUGGGGCAUGAAUAAGAUCGGUGUCAACACCUACCCAAAUCUUAUAAGCCUUUUAACAGGUCUCAGUGCCGAUGAAGCCAAUGGGCUCAUAUCAGAAGACAAAUAUAUGGAUAAUUUACCUCUGAUUUGGAAAGAUUUCAAGAAAGCCGGAUACAACACAAGCUUUGGCGAGGAUAACGCCAGAUUCUCCAUGUUCUAUUUCGGCCAAAAGGGCUUCGAUAAUCACACGACAGACCAUAAUCUCCACGAUUUCAUGGCCGAAUUGCAUCUUAUAGGGCAAUCAAGUUCUUUUCCCCUUACAUAUUGCAUCGGAGACCGCACUUUUCUGGACGUACUGAUGGAGAUGACGGACCGCAUGCUGCCCCACUACCAGAGGUAUCCCUUUUUCUCCUUCUAUUGGUGGUCCAAUGGGUUGCAUGAAUUUUUCAACUCUCCCCGUCUAAUGGACGAAAGAUUCCAGCGAUUGCUCGGAAGCCUCGACGAUAGUGGUGUCACCAAUAAUACCCUUUUAUUUUUUAUGUCUGACCAUGGAAUGCGAUGGGGUAAAUUUCGACACACAUUCCAGGGCAUGAUCGAGGAUAGUCAGCCGCUUUUAUCGGUUCUAUAUCCAAAAUGGAUGAGGGAGACUUAUCCUCAAGCUAUCCAGAACCUGCACUCCAAUGCUCACAGCUUAAUGACCACCUACGACCUGUACGCUACUAUGAAGCAUGUUCUGGACAUCGAAUCUCUGCAGGAUGAGUCCAUUCAGAAAAUGUCUAAGGACCUGUGGGACUUAAAAGGCAACCGCACCCCCCGGGCAGUGAGUUUGUUUUUGCCUAUACCACCGUGGAGAAACUGUAUUUCUUCCCACAUAAAAAAAAAGUUCUGUCUCUGCCAUCGACAGGUUUCUAUUCCACCUACUGAUCGAAUAUCCAAACAGUCCGCUCAGCUUAUAGUAGAUUCUAUAAACAAAAUGCUGGAGGAGUAUGCAAUGUGUAUACCCCUGCAGUUGGAUUUCAUUCUUAGUGUCCAUUUCGAAGUCCCCGAAAGGGACUUCAAAAAGAAUAACCACAUAGAAGCGAGACUAUUUAAUGAAAAUUACAUGGAUCGGGGUCCCUCAGUUAGACCAACGGAAUAUAGUGACCUCGAUAUUAUAGUACGAUUAAAGACCAAGCCCAUGGAGGCGUUUUUUGAGGGUAUGACCCGGAAACAUGGAACCACAAUAUCCCGGAUUGGAAAGAUCAUUCGUGUCGGGGACAAUAAGAACAAAACCAAUGGCUGUAUAGCAAAUGCUAAGCUGGAACCUUUUUGUCAUUGUGGCGUGUAAACAAGUCUGAUUUCUAAUUUACAUGUUCAGUAGAAUGAAGGGCAUUAUUAUGAAAUAAUUUAUAACCCAUUUUGGUUGUCAUUUCUAACAUCCUCCUCCUCGAUUAGCUUUGGUUGCACUUACGCAGUCUAGUAAAAACUUUUAUUCUAAAUAAAUUAAAAUUUAA